GCUCACUCCACUCAGGCAAUUCCAAUUCAACUACUGGUAACUCAACUACCACCACUGGCAACGGCAACUCUACAACAACUGGAUCAGGUAACUCUACAACAACUGGAUCAGGCAACUCCACAACUACCGGCUCGGGAAAUUCCACUACUACCGGUUCAAGCAACUCUACUACCAGCAGUAAUUCCACCACAUCUAGCGAUCCAUGUACAGCCAUUUCAAAUGCCCAGAGCGGCACCGUUAUCAACCCUGUCAUGAGCGGUCGGCUUAAUACUCGUGGAAAAAGGACUAUGAAGUAUGGCCGUGUCGAGGUCCGUGCAAAACUGCCUCAGGGUGAUUGGUUAUGGCCCGCUAUCUGGAUGCUUCCUCAGGGUAACAGUACAAACUCAAAUACUAGUCAGGGAACGGGCGUGUAUGGCCCGUGGCCUGUCAGUGGGGAAAUUGAUAUAAUGGAAGCCCGCGGCAACUUGCCCACAUAUCCCGCCCAAGGAUCGAAUUAUGUCCGCUCGUCCCUGAAUUACGGACCGUUUGCAGGAGGGAGUACGCCUAUCUCUACCGGCACAAGUACCACAGCCAACCUCCUCAAAACCAUCUACGGCUGGGUGUUCACCAAGCGCGGGAACUUUGCCGAUGGGUUCCAUGUUUAUGCGUUUGAGUGGACUGGCGGGUGGAUGAGGUUUUAUACGGAUGAUCGGUUGCAGGCAAUGAUCAACCUAGACAUCUCCUCCAAAUCCUCCGACUCCUAUUUCUUCAACGCAGGUGGGUUCCCGGGUGUGGCUAUGAAUGCGUCAAGCGGAAAGGAAGUGGUUGUUGAAGAUCCAUGGAGUACGGCGUUUGGUGGCAGUGCUGCUGCGCCUUUUGAUCAGGAUUUCUAUCUUGUGAUCGAUCUGGCGGUUGGCGGGACGAGUGGGUGGUUCCCGGAUAGUGUGGGUGGAAAGCCGUGGUUUGAUGGGUCUACUACUGCGAUGCACGAUUUUGCAAAUGCUCAGGAUACGUGGAGUGCUACAUGGCCUUCGAGUGCGGAUGAUCGUGCGUUUAGGAUUGAUUACGUGAAGAUGUGGAAACUGUGCGGGACGUAGAACAGACUCGAACUCUGAACAUUUGUUUUUGGUGACAGUGACUUUGUUCUCGCGAUAUUUAGAAUUACGACGAUACGUGCUGCGGACAUGGACGUCAUCAUAUCCAUAUCAUACAUAGCAUAGUUUUAGAUUCUCGUCGUCGCUCGUUUGUAAUUUCUUGUUGUUUUGGGCUUGAAGCUUGUAUUGAAGCUUGAAGCUGAAGAUUUGCUCAUUGUGAUUGGCACUAGCAUCGAGAUUGGAGGCAAUGGAAAUAUUAUGCGUG